AUGGCAAUGGCAGUCGACAGUCGCCAACAGUCCCAACUCAACGGGAUGAGCUACGACCCUCUGCGGUACCCGCAACCGCAUUUCACCAACCCGUGGGUGUCUGCAGCGGGCCCCUCGCAGCAGCAGCUGUAUCAGACCUCGAUCGCACCCAAUGUGUCAACUGGCCUUGAAAACCACGCAUCGUCGCAGGCUCAAGCCAUGCCACGCCCCACCAGCAUUGCGAUUCCGUAUCACGGUCUCCCCUGUCUCAGCACCAUCAUUAGGAUCAGUUUAAGCUCCCAACCGCCACGCAACAGCUUCAGCGAUGCCCUCGACGCCAGUCGGGGUAUGGUUUCCUUGAGCCAGUCUGAUAUCACCCCGAGGAAUAUCUACGGCACCCAAGGUUCCAGCCGGAGCUCAACCGACUCGUACGGCUUCCCGUCGACACACUCGGCGCAUUCGUCCAUCUCUGGAGCCAGCUAUAAUGGCACCAACUACUAUGGCGGCGAGGGGUCUGUCACCGACUACAGCUCCGCCUCAGAGUCCGUCGACUUGACCCACUCACGAACACUACCGCGACCGAGCGCUCUCAUGGGAGCAAACAUCCCUCCGGCACCGCAAUCUAUGAUGGGUCAGUUCAGCUCCAAGGUCUCGUCGAGCUCGCAGAAGAAGCACAAGUGCAAGAUUUGCGAUAAGAGGUUCACUCGCCCGAGCUCUCUGCAGACCCAUAUGUACAGCCACACUGGAGAGAAGCCAUUCGCCUGUGAAGUCGACGGCUGCGGUCGCCAUUUUUCAGUCGUCUCGAACUUGAGGCGGCACCGCAAGGUACAUAAAGGCGAGGCGCAAGAUCAUCCCUCACCCGAUGACGCUUGA